AUGACCAAUGUUAUUCCAGGGGACAGUCCCUUCGCCACGUGGGACCAAUUCCAGUCCGCUAUGAGUGUGAUAAAAACUGUUAUAGGGGGGACCGUGGAAUCCGGGGCAACGAUUCCCAUGCUACCAGAAGACGGCAGCACUAUGCAGGCCUUUCUGCUGCGCGUCGAACGCCGGUACACCCAGAUGGGAUUGCAACCUCGCGAGUGGGGAAGCGCACUUAUAGACCACCUUGUGGGCCCGGCUCUAACGUAUUGGAUGUACCUACAGAAAACUAUCGACCUAAGCGACUGGGCGGUAGUACAGCGCAGGCUUUUGGAGCGGUUUGACAAAACAAUGUCGCAGAGUCAAUUGUUAACGGAGUUGGCUAAAGUACGGUGGAAUGGUAACCCGAAGGAAUACACGGACCGGUUUGCGGCUGUAGCGGAGAGUGGUUUGGGUCUUGCCCCCGACGAACUCGCUGACUAUUACUGCAGCGGGCUACCGACAGACCUCCAUCUUCUAAUAACCAAUAACGGACAGGUGAAAUGUCAGUCGUGGGAACAAGCGGCGACCGCCGCAACGCUCUGCGAGCCCAAGCAGAAUGUGCUGGAACUCCGAGAAAGGACCAGUCGAGCCAUUAGGGCUGCUAUCCAAGCUAAUGGACUCCGUGGGCACGAGGAAAUUGAAAAUCGCCCUCAAGGAACGCACACGAACUGCUUUGAGUGUCAGGGUGGCGGACAUCCGGCACGUGUCUUCCCCAGAAAGAGAGAACAUACCAAACGUCAGGGGGAAAUAUGCAGAAGUGUGGCGGUGUGGCACACUAUGCUCGGGACUGUCCUACGUAUGAACGAGGCCGGACCGAGCCGGAAGGCAAGAGCAGUAGGCAGCCCACACGUCCUAGCACUGAGAAAGCGGAACAGUUAA